AUUCAAGUUUUAGGAGGAAAAGCGAACCCCGGGCUCAUCACCAUACAUAUUCUGUACUCGAGUACCGGGUUUCCUUGGCAAAUACCGUAGUUCCUUCGAAUUCUUUCACCUUUAUCCUGAUCCGUGCAACGAUUGCCGUCAUUCUGGCUCGGCACCAACCCUCCACCCUCAUCCUGCCCAUUUCUCUCCCACCACCACUUUGCAUAAAAUUGCCCUUCCUCCUCCAAAACCCCCCACCAGCCCCACACUUACUUUAUUAUUCACAUCCGUCGAACAAUCUCCGCCAACGCAGUCGUCAAAAUGUUCAAGAGAAUCGCCUUAACCGCCGCUCCUGCUCGCAUUGUCUCUUCCCCAAGAGUCGCUGCACCCCUGCGUGCUGUUGCCCGGGCUUCUUCUCCACUUGUAUCCAAGAGAAAUUAUCAUGAGAAGGAUAUGUUCACUGUCCCACAAAAACUCCUCCCCUAAGGACAACUGGUAUUGACUUUUCUUUUUUACUGCUAGAUCAUUACAACAAUCCUCGCAAUGUCGGUUCCCUCCCGAAAAACGACAUGGACGUCGGCACCGGACUUGUUGGCGCGCCAGCUUGUAAGAUUCCUCACCCGCUCCCAAUUCUGAUAUCGCAGGCUUUUCCAACCCCUACUUUGCCCUGACCUGCUGCUUCAAGCAUGCUAAAACAACUCUCUCAUGGCAUAGGUGGCGAUGUGAUGAAACUCCAAAUUCGCGUCGACAAAGAUACAAACACCAUCAGCGAAGUAAAGUUCAAGACCUUCGGUUGCGGCUCCGCCAUCGCCUCAAGCAGUUACCUCACAGAGCUCGUCCGUGGAAUGUCCUUGGAGGAUGCCGGCAGAAUUAAGAACACUGAAAUCGCAAAGGAGCUUUGCCUGCCUCCUGUCAAGCUGCAUUGCAGUAUGCUGGCCGAGGACGCAAUCAAGAGUGCCAUAAAGGACUAUCAAACAAAAUCCAAUCGUGGCCCACCAACUCUCGGGAAGAACCUUUUGUAAACGCUCUUGAUGGGUUACUCUUGUUACCCCGAUUUUUUCUCAAUUUCCUCUGGGCUCUGGGAGGGGGGGAUUGGCUGGUUAUGUUAACCUAGGUAUAGGGUGGAAGGGAAUGAUGAAAAGACGGCCAGACUGAAAGCCGUCUGACCAGACGGAGGGGGUCUGUUUCUUGACCUUUACUUUGCCAACUUACCUUCCGUGAUAAAUAUUUAAUUGGCGUUGUUGUUUCUUUCUGGUUUUUCUUCCCGUUAUAACUCCCCCGCCACCCCCGAUCCCUCUUUUUCGCUAUCCCCCCCCAGGAAUACCCAGACAGGCGACUCCUCUACCAUUUCCCCCUUUCCUCAAAAGGCUUACAUCGGGGAUUUCCUCCUUACGACGUUGCAUUCAUCCGAAUUCGUUUUUUCUUCUUUCUCUUUCUUUCUUCUGAUCCGAUACUUAUGCUGUUGAGUGAAAAAAAAAAAAAAAUUCGAAUCUCCUUUCAAAAUCAACACCCGUGAGAACCCGAGA